CCUCCUGUCCAUCGCUUUAUUUCUGCUCUUCACUCGAUAGAUUGAACUGGUCGAGUGAAGAGUGUUAGUGUUAAUGGAAGACGCCGGGACAGUGGGCUAUGGAGGCGUGUGGAACCUUCACAACUUCGAGGGAAAAGUCCCCGUCGAAGUCAAGCUCAAGGAACUCCUCCGCAACCUAACCUCUGCGGAAAGUCAGCUUUGCUUCGAAGCUUCUAAGGAUCUCAUCAAGUUUCUAAAAUCUGAAUCUGGUCCAGAAUUGCUUCGUUUAUAUAUAGAAAACUCUCCUAAAUGUGUUGAGCUCUCGCAGGUCUGGGAGACACGGAAAGGCAGUCUGGGAUUUUCGAACAUCCUCAAUCUUAUUGCAGCUGUUCUUAGCCAUCCUUUCGGGAGAUUAGACAACAAUGCUCAGCUGGAUAAGUUUGCGCGUUGGAUUGUGGAUGAGAAGAUGGGGGAUUUGCUCAAGGAGUUGAACAGUAAAGACGUCAAGCGCCAGAAUGCCACGCUUUCAUUGUUAUCUGCAAUUGUGAAGCGUGGUUCAUGGUUAGCGGGGAAGGUAGCAAAAGAUUUUGAUUUCAAGAUUCCAUUUUUUCGGAACGCAGCAAAGUGGAAACCCAGGAAAGUCGGAGACGGGAAGAAGAAACAGCCUUCGACUAGGAAGGCGUUUGUGAAGUUUGCAAUGUCUUUCUUAGAAGUGGGUAAUCCCAGGUUGUUGAGGGGUGUGUUGCAACAGAAGGAUAUGUAUUCAGGGGUGCUUCGUGGAUUAGGAAACGAUGAAGACAAAACAGUGAUUCUUGUUCUCUCAGUUUUGCGUGAUCGAGUUCUUGUUCCUGAGUCAUUGGUUCCACCUGGACUUAGGAGUGUACUUUUCGGUAGCUUGACUUUGGAGCAACUGGUUAACAUUUCUGGAAGAGAGGAUGGAGGGGAAGCUGCGGAGCUAGCUCAUACUGUCUUGCUAAUGGUUUGUACCGACCCUUUGAAUGGGUUGAUGCCAGAUCCAGAGAGAGUCCCUAGUCCUUUGACUGGUAAUCCAAGACGACUAUUGGAUGUCAUGAAGAAGCUGAGAGCAACAGAAACUGAGUACCACAUGAACCUUCUUCUGGCAAUCGUAAAAGGGAAGCCAUCAUUAGGCUCGGCAUACUUGGAUGCCUUCCCUUAUAACACUGAUGAUCCUGCAUCACCUAAUUGGUUUGGUAUCAUUUCUCUGGCUGCAGAUCUCAUUUUAUCAGUCCAUGAUGGCUGUUCUUUUGGCUUUAUUAUUAAUGCUCUGCAGCAUGAGCCAAAAAGUAUUGAGAACUCAGAUAUCCGAAGUAUUCUGAAAUGCAUUUGCCCAUGUCCAUUUACUCGGCUCAUUAUCAACAAAGGGUUGCUUCAUUCUGAUACCCUCGUGAAACAUGGAACUUUGAAGCUUGUUUUGGAGUCACUGAGAUUUUUUGACUCUCUAAUUGAUGCAUUGGACCACAUCUCCUCUUCUGAUAUUCAAAUGAUGCAUUUAUGCGCAUCUCUCAAGCUAGAUCUGGUGAAUGAAGUCAGGAUUUCGCUUCCUGACCCUCAAGUUUUGUUCUCUUUACUGUCUUCACUUAAUGACUAUCAAAAAAUCCUCGAAUCACAUUUGAAAAGAGCUGCUGAUUCAAAAAUUCCAUUCGGCGACAAUACGAGUAGCAGGAAAAAGUUGAAAACUGAUAAAAAGUUGAACGGGGAUAUUGAUAUUAUAGUCAGCGGGAUUAGUGUUUCCGAUGGUGAUACAGAUAUGCUGGAUUGUGAUGAAAGAAUCCUUAAUGAUGAUGACCCAGUUCAGCGUAAAACUGAAUCUCACUACCUAAAGCUUAUAAGAGAACUUUGGCCUGAGAAUUCAUGUUCAUCUAAGGACACAGUUGAAGAUGCAGAAACAAUCUUUUAUACAAAGUUACUUGAUGUUCUGAAACUAUACUAUCGCACUAUGUCCAAUAUGUUGGAGGGGUCAUUUGAUUUCUCCAAACUUCUUCCAAGCAAUCCUUUGGCAUUGCCAAUUAUUUUACAGCACUCUUUGUUAUCUUUGAUUACUGAGAGUAUUCGUCUGUAUUCCACAUCUGAGCCUGCCACCAGGGCUCAAACCCAAUUGUACAAGCAUCUGCUUCCCCUACUCAAUUUAUUAAUUUAUUCUCCAGAGAGAAGCGUCAAAGAUCAAGCAUACAUUCUGGCAAAGGCGGCCAUGUUAAGUACUGGUGCAUUUGAUAACAAUCCAAGGGAAGUAUGUGUAUGGCUCAUGUUUAUUCCUGGGUACGGUGAUGGCUGUACUAUCGCUGUAGACAUAAAGCUAAAAAUGUUCAGAAAAUUGUCUUCUGGUAUUCUUUCUUUUCUGUGUGAUGCCGUCUCAACAGCUGGUAAUCAUAUAUUCAAAUACAUGGAUCUCUUGAGGUCCUAUAUCCGCAAAUGUCAAGAUGGUAAAGAUGUAUCAGUUACCUUCAGCUGUUUUAGUAUUUGUAUCUUGGAGAAGUGCCUAAGGUUACUAUGUUCUGAAUCCAGAUCCUCCUCUCUUCCUGACAAGUCAAUGAUAUCAUUGUAUGUUAGCAACACAUUAAAGUAUAUCCUGCAAACACAGGUUGAUGCAAGAAUGUUGUCUUCCCUCUUGAGUCUUUUGCUUUCUGAAAGACUCAAAGAGUCUUUUGACAUUGCUGGCGACUCCAACAGUUUAUGCGCGUGGAUUCCAUUGAAGAAGUUAUUCCAAUUCUCGAGUAGUAUUUUACAACCUCCAACUUGCAACAACUCUUCCACCAUUGUGGACGUUGGGCAUCUUGGGAAUUCUUUCACAAGGCUUCUCCACGAAGUUAGAAGUUUUUGUGACAUGGAAUCUGAUGAAAUGCUGGUUGCCAUGGGGAUUGGAUUGUCCAAUUCAAUUAUAUGUACUCAACAGGCUGAUUUACUCCAAAAUUUUCCACUAACUAUAUCAGUCUCGAAUAAAAUGCUUGGGGUACCUUUCCCACUCUUGAUGUUGAUCUUCUUCCUUGAACCUAAUUUUUUCAUCGAUGUUUCUAAGGUAUGGCCAGAAAUGUUCCACGCUGGUCUGGAAAGUGCUAUUGCUGGAUUACCUGAAGGACGAGAAAGAACUGAAGAGUUUGGUGGCAUUGAUUCAAUGGAGCUUGCAUCUGCUUCAUUCUCUCUGUUCUUGAGGCAUGCACCAUUUUAUAUGCUCUUUCCUGUUAUUCCGAGGAUUUAUAGGUUUGGUUUGUCCGAUCAGCAGGGUCUGCAAGAUCUCAUUCUCGCUAGCCUAUCUGAUAGAACACCAGAUUAUAUUAUAUCCUCAUUUCAAUAUGUUCUAUUUUGUUUAAAAGAAGCACAAAGAUCCUAUCGAGUUGAACCACGAGAGGAAUUGGAAAAGCUUUGUGAAUGGUGCUUUACUAUUAUGGACCACAUGCUGAGAAAAUUACUUCAUACAAAAAUUGAUGCAAGCUCCAAAUGCACCAGGUGUCUUUUGCCAACCAAAUGUGUGCAAGAACUAAUUGAAACUAUUUUUUCUCACCCUGCUCUGACAGCUGCUCUUGAGUGCCCUUUACCAUGUAGUGCUGAUUGUACAGAUAUCCGGGACAGUAUGGAUAAUUUUUUUGAAUCAAAUAAAUGGAAGAUGAUUCACAUUAUGGAUCUACAUGCCAUAAACUUUAUGAGAACAGCCUCUGAGCUCUUCAUGGAUUUUGGCUUUGACCAAAGCUCUUCAUCUGUGGCUUUUCAUGCUAGACAUGUUACACUUGCUUUUAAAAAGGUGGUGCAGAAAAUAAUUUUCACCUUCAGGGGUUCGAUUGAUAAGUGUCUAGAAGAUAAAGACUUGACCCCGCUUUUUCAAAAAGUUUGUGCUUUACACACUUUGAAGCAAUUUAUAUCUCCCUUUGAGCUGCUUGAAUGUGUUAAUUGGAUGUUCUCUAGAAUAGACCUUGAGGAUAGUUCCUCUCAUCUGUCUUUCAGAGAUUCAUUCUUCAGUGUUGCAUUACAAAUGGCUUUUUCUGUUUUUUGUUCGCUGUCAGCUUGCUUGCGGCAGCCACACUCUGAAAGAUCAUCUUUUGAUGUGAGUUGCGAUUUGCAUGAGAAACAAUUUGAUGUUCUCCUCCUUGAGAAAAUCCUUUUGCAUGUCAUUAAGAUUGCCACGCAUCUUCAUCUGGAUGCUGCUAAUAUGUGCUUGCUUCAAGCCUUCAAAAUUGUUAAAGAGUGUGGAGGUAUGCAGAAGUCGAGUUUCAGUUUAGCUAUGGCUAUAUCAAGACUUGUGUCAAAUGUUCCUGUAGACAUGCUUUCUUAUUGUAUGUUUGAAGUUACUAAAAGAAAGGCUGAACUACUGUUCCUUAUCACUCAAAUGAGUCCUGUACAUCUUUCAAUAUUUGGCCACCUUUUAUCAGAUAUGAUUGGCAAGCACGUUCAUUUGAAGACUAAUGCAACAAGAGAAACUUCUGAUAUCUCUGAUCCUGAGAUGUUGAUGCUUCUUCCCACGGUAUUCUUGUAUUUAGAUUCAGUUCUUAUUAAAGCUGGGAGCCAUGUUUUAUAUUUAGAGACUAUCGCUUCCUUCUACUGGAGAAUAUUGUUGCAUGUUUUCUUUAAAUGGAAGUGCUAUGUUACCAGAGACAUGUUUGACAUGGAAUGUUGUGACAAGCAGUGCCUAUCUAUGGAAGAGUUUUUUGAUAUCUUCUCCAGCAGUCUGUUAUCAACAUCUGUUCUUAUGGUGCAAUUUUGUUUAGCAUUAACUGGGGAUUUGGUUAAAUUCGAAGAACGGUUGGAACUAUUUGACUCUGUUUGCCCACAAAAAAGUACGUGUAUUGAUUUUCUGGAUUUUGAUCCUAGUCAAGUAAGUAUUUGUUCACUUGAGCGGUCUUUGAACUCCGUUAAUAGGACUGUUGCUAAGAUAGAACUUUGCCGAACACUGCUAUUCCCUGAACAUAACAAGUUUUCUUCUUGGCUGAGUGAAUAUGGAUUGGAGACUCCUGCUAAAUUUCAAUCAAAUGUAGACUCAUCAAGAAUCUGGUUUUUGAGGACGCUGGUCUCAUCCUGGCAAAAGAUUGUCAGGAAAGUUCCAAGGAUUACUGAUGAAUCCUGUCCAAUGGCAGUUGAACAGUGUUCUGUGUUCAGAUUUUUGGAAGAUCUUAUUUUGAGAAAUGUUGUGGAACUUUGUAAAGAGAUGCAAAGUUGUCUUCUCAAGUUGGACUCUCUUCGGUUCAUAGAAAAGUUUGCCAAAACGGCUAUUUUGCACAGGUUUGAUGAUCCUACGACACUGCAGAAGCUUCGAAAUAUUAUAUCAUUUCUAUCUGAAGGAAAGUUCUCAUGUGAUUCAAUAAUUAAAUUGAUGGUGAAUGACUCCCGGUUUGAACCUGCCAUUCGUUCUUCCAAUUUGUCAAGUGGAAGCUCCCAGCUUGGUAUGACAUUUGCUCCCUUGCCGAGCCUCAUGAGAUCUUUUGUCACCCCUUGCAUUGAUAAUAAUUCCAAUGACAAGAAGGGCAAUCUGCAAGUUUUUCAGCAACACUCACACCAGUUGGAGCUUAUUAGAUUACUUAGGGAACUAUUUCAAGUGAAGUCUUUACAAGUAGAUAUUGAAUCUGCAGAAGGCAUUGGUAUAAACCUAAAAGAUUUGAUAUAUUUGUUACUAUCAUCAUAUAGUGCAACCGUUAGCGAGACUGACCUUGAGAUAUACAACCUUCUGAAUGACAUUGUGUCAGUUAGUGACAAUUGUGCUCAAGGUAUUGCAGAAUGGGAUUAUCUCUGGGGUAAUGCAGUUGUGCAACUCAGGAAAGAGAGAGAACUGACACAGUCUGUUUCAUGCAAUCUAAGUGAUGCUGAAGGGGUUGAGGAGUGCUGCAAAAUUCAGUUCAGGGAAAACCUCCCCAUCGAUCCCAGGAUGUGUGCACAUACUGUGCUUUAUUUUCCACAUUGGAGAGCAGAUGGUCCAGGAAUCGUGAACAAUGCUCAAAAGGAUAUUCCCAAUUCUAUGCAAGAGGUUUGUUCUGUAGAGGUUAAAAACAGACUUAUAUAUGAUCCCAUCUUCAUCUUACGGUUCUCAUUCCACUGUCUUUCUAUGGGCUAUAUCGAACCUGCUGAGUUUGCUAAUUUAGGCCUGCUUGCUGUCUCUUUUGCAAGUAUAUCUUCUCGUGAUGAUGGUACAAGGAAGCUAGGAUAUGCUGUUCUUGAAAAAUUCAAGGAUGUUUUAGAGAAAUGUCAGAAGAAGAGGGACGUCACACGUCUGCAACUUCUACUGUCAUAUUUGCAGAAUUGCUUAGAAGAAGAUUGGCAAAAAAUUGCCUCUAUAACUGCCAUAUUCAUUGCAGAGGCUUCAUUUGUGAUCUUGGAUCGUUCCCAUGAUCGUUAUUCAACUAUAACUAAGCAACUAAUGCGAUCUCCUAGUGCGAGUUUCAAGGGUAUUCCAUUGUUCCAAGAUUCGUUCUGGAGUAACUCGGUUAAUUUCAGAACAGACAGGCUGUGGAUACUUCGCUUAUUGUACUCAGGGUUGAACACAGAUGAUGAUGUUCAUAUAUACAUCAGAAACUCCAUUUUCGAGACCCUCCUGAGUUUCUACAUGUCCCCUCUUGCUGAUAACGAAACAAAAGAACUAAUUAUGCAGAUCGUCAAGAAGUCUACCAAAUUAUCUAAAAUGGUGCGGCACUUGAUUGAACAUUGUGGCUUGAUUUCAUGGCUCUCCUCUGUUGUUACAUCCUUCUGUGGAAUUCAAUACGGCGAGAAGAAAGGUUUUCUUUCCACUCAUUUGGCUCUUGUCCUGGAGGUAGUCAAUGAAAUUAUCUUCCUCAGACACACUUUUGAGUGGUUGCAAAAAUAUGCACUAGAACAGCUCUCUGAACUCUCUUGUCAUCUGUGCCGAAUCUUAGUUGAAGGGGCUGAGAUGUUGAAAAAGCAAUAUUCUCUUACGAAGUUGAUUCUUCAAAUACUAACUUCCACGUGGAAGAUAUCGCAGAAGAGAAAAGUAUUUCAACCUCAUUUCACUGUCUCCAUUGAGGACUUAUUUAACUUGUGUGAAGCCAUUGAUGUUUGCUGCCAAGGAUGUUAUAAUAGCACUAUUGCAAGGAUUGGACUUGAAGCUGUACUUAUGAGUGCUCCUCCGGUAGCUAUUAUACAAGCGGACCAAGAAAAGGUUUUGAAAUUCGUUACAUGGGCUAUAUCAAUUGCUCUGCAGUCAGAGGAGACAGGUGGAACACAUGUCUUGGGAAGUUAUCGUUGUAGUUUGAAUGUAUUCUCUGAAAAAGAUAAAGAAAAUUCUCUCAUGUCAAAACUUUUGCGGUGGCUGACUGCUUCAGUGAUCCUUGGAAAGAUCUCAUACAACUUAAUUAAAUUAGAAUCUCUAGAACGAUCAAAACUUAUCAACUUGCAAUCUUUAUUGGAGUGGAAUGGGAAAACAUAUUGUGACAGCAAUAAGGAUUUUGCAUGCCAAGAGAUCACCUUAGCAGCAUCCAUCUUUUAUAUGCAACAGUUACUGGGAACAAACUACAAAUUGCUUCCGUCAGUUGUUUCUGCGCUUUGUCUUCUUCAGCAUCCUACAUCUGCAGGAUCAGAAGUGUUGAUUUGCAACGCAGCUCAUGUGACAGAUCUCUGCUCAAAAAUUCGAUGCCCUGCUGAAGCAAAUCCAUCUUGGAGAUGGGCAUUCUACCAGCCGUGGAAAGAUCAUUCCUCAAAGCUCAGUGAUACCGAAAAGAUUGAAGAAAUGCAUGCUUGCCAGCUACUUCUACUAGUUUUCUCAAAGAUGCUUGCAGGAAAUUCAUUGGAUUCAAGGUUUAUUUUGAUCAAUGAUGUAGAGAAGUUAGGUGUUUUUGAAUGGGAAAAGAGUAUUCUAUGCAUCCAAUAGCAGCUCUACUAAAAGGUUUUAGCUCUCAGUUAAUGAGUAAGGUUAUGGUUAUAAUAGGAUCAUUUGUAUUUAUUUAGUUGGCUUACAUCAGCCCUUUUGUCUCUGGAGUAUUCCAGGGCGUGUAUUACCAAUUUACCAGUAUCUGUAGCCAUUUUUUACUCACUUUUGGCAUGUAUAUGAAAAUUCUUUCGCAUAAAUUAUCUUUCGUAAAAAUGUUACUUCAAAGUAAUGUA